UAUAGAAGAUAUAAAAUGGAUCCUGAAUUAAAUCCAACAACAGCUGGCAACUCACUGGUGUAUCAGGCCAUCCAAGAAAACAAUUUGGAAGAUCUUAUUAAAUUGUUAUUAGAAGAUGGAAUGAAUGUAAAUGAACCAAUAAUAACAACUGGAGAAUUUUCUGGAUUCACAGCAUUGCAUGUUGCAUGCAUGAAAAAUAGAGAUUCUUUGGUGGAGUCGCUAGUUAAUUAUUGUAAAGCAGAUGUCAAUGCAAUGGCUGCUGACGGGACUCAACCUAUUCAUUUGGCUUGUUUUUAUCAAUCUCUACACAAAUCAAACAGUAAAAUAAAAACAUUGGUGGAAGCUAAUGCAAAUGUUAAUGCCGAAUUUGGAAAAGAAAUUUUUUCAAAGCACAUCAAAGACGAAGAAUGGUUUCCUUAUUUUGGUGCCAAAAUGCCACUAGCUGCAUAUACUGUUAUUUAUGAUAAACCAUCAAUAAUUUAUGAUCUCAAACAAGUCAACUUAAACAUUAUAAGUCUUACAAAUAAAACAUUGCUGAUGUACGCUGCUGAAAAUUACUAUUAUGAAUAUAUUUCAAUUAUCAUGUCAAAUAUUGAAGAUCCUGAAUUGAGGGAUAAGUUGAUAAACCACCGCGAUUGUGAUGAUGUACCGCUAACUCAUUAUCCAUUCUAUCCUAAAAAAUAUGAUCAAUUUGCACAUCGUAAAAUGCGGGUGACCUUUGACUACUUUUUGUACUCAAAAUUUUUUUCUGAGGUGUCAAAAUGGGGGGCUGACAUGUAUGCACUGAUUAAAAAUGAUCCAGUAACAUUUUUGCCCAAUCUAUUAGUUUACAGAUGUUGUCCUAUGCUACUGGAGGAUUGUUUGCCUUAUUAUACUACUGUGUCCUUAUAUUGGAUUGUAUACUACGCUGCGCUUUCUAAAGAGGAAUCUUUUAAGCAAUAUUUAGCACGUGUUCAUCCCGUAAUGCAGCCAGUUAAUAAUUUAUCACCAAUCAGAGAAAAUCGAAAAGAUUGUAUAGAUAUUGCUGUAAAAGAUCUGGUGUUUAGGGUUGUAUUCAGAUUACCUGUUCAAAACGAAGAUAUAAUGUUGAUGAAUAAAUUUAUUGUCAGCGACGUAAAUCUCAGUGAUAUUGUGAAUGACUACAGAGAAAAUUUCAUUGAGAAAGAAUUACAAGAGCGAUUUAUUGAAUUUGGUGAUCAUAAAAUGACAAUGUAUGAUUUUUUAUGGCAAGUUUUUGACUAUAAAAAAUUAAAAUUUUUAAUGCGAGAAGAGAAUUUACUGGAUGCCCUGGAUAAAGUUGUCAUUCAAAAUCUGGUCUUCAGGAGUGCAUUCAGAUUACCUGUUCAAAAAGAAGAAAUAAAAUUGAUGGAUAAAUUAAUUGCCAGCGAUGAAAAUCUCAGGAAGAUUAACCAUUUUAUUGAAUUCGGUGAUAAUAAAAUGACAAUGUAUGAUUUUUUAAUGCAAGUUUUUGACUAUAAAAAACUAUAA